UACACGAAACGUGUAUGAAUAGACUUACAAAUAUAACUGCAACAAGAAACACUUUGUUUUGAAAUCCAAAUAUAAUGUUUAAUAUGUUUAACAUGCUUGUGUUCUUAGUUUCCUAUGUUAUUGCUUCAGUUGUUUCACUCUGUAUGUUUUUGUCUGCAAAUUACACGUAGAUUGUCCGCUUCUCUUUGCAUUUCUUACAUAAAUAUAUUUGUAUAUUGUAACUAGGUACAUAUGACAAAAGAUCAAGUCUAUUACAAGCCGAUUGUCAGAUAAAUAAAAUGUCAAUACAAGUGUAUAAAAUUGUUAUCAUAGGCUGGGAAACCAAGAGAUAAACAAUGAAAUUCUCUUCUAUCGUUAUCAAUUUAAAAGAAAAACAUAUGAUUUAAUGUGACCAAGGUACCAAACGGAACUGACAUAUCGAUAUGUUGCCUUUAUUAUAUCUCUUGGUUUGGUCAACCCAUACUGUCGUCAGCUUAGAUAUUGAUACUGACAUUAACCUAAGCUCAGACUUGAAAGGAUGUCUGAUCGCAAAUCCGUCGGCGGUCAAAUCGUGUAGAAAUAAGGAUGGUAUUCCCGUUGAUAUAACCGAAUCCAGUCUUCUACAAAAGGGGAAUACUUGCAUAUUUGAACAUGAAGAAUAUCCGGUGGUUUGUCAGAAUGGAAUGAUUACUCUCACAGCGGGUGGAAAGUUUGUAGAAGAGAGAACUGUGAAAAGAAAAAAAAGAUUCUUCAUUGGUGAACUGGUACUUGGCAUCGCUUGCAUUUUCCUAUGCGGCGGUUCUCAUCAACAUUCUACUCCAAACAGCCCCCCAAUGAUCACUAAGAAUGCAGCACUAAAGGUAAGCACACCUAUUUUUGCGCCACAAAGAAAAUCAAGUGCCAGAGUGUAUUGGGAUGACCCCGUUAUCACGGAUCCAGAACAAGGAACGUUAAGAAUCACUACUUCACCUAGUAAUUUUAGAAGUGGUGGAGAAUAUACCGAAGGGUCUUAUGUUAUACAUUUUAUAGGAACAGAUGGAGGGGGUCUUUCAGCAUAUGAUUAUCUAAUGUUCGAAGUCAAAGUAUAUCGAUGUGGACCCUUGCGCCGGCCUGAGAAUGGCGACAUCAAUUGCGAUAAUGGAGACAUGAUAUAUGGGACGACCUGCACAGUAUCAUGUAAAUCAGGAUUCUAUGUCAGUGGCACUAGCAAUAUGUUAUGUCAAAAGAAUGGGUACUGGUCCCCUGGCAGUACACCUAAUUGUAAACCUAAAACUUGUAGAGGGUUACCAAACAUAUCAAAUGGAAGAAUUUCCUGUUACAAUAACAAAAUGGUGUUCGAUAAUGUUUGUGAAGUGGUGUGCGACGAAGGUUUUCGUGCGAUAGGAAAUCACUUGAUUAGAUGUAAUUCUGAAGGUCAGUGGGGAGCUUUGCCUACAUGCAAAGAUAUUCUUCCUCCUACAUUCUUACGCGGAGAGUGUCCUGAUGAUAUGCAAGUUUACAUUGAUUCAACCAAUAAUACCGCAACUAUAACUUGGGAAGUACCAACAGGAACAGAUAACUCGAAGGAACGAGUGAUUAUUAAAGAAGAACAUGGUUAUGUCCCUGGACAACGUUUUAGUGCAGGAUCAUAUGUUGUGAAAUAUAGUAUCGAAGACCAAGAACAUAACAAGGGAGACUACUGUAAUUUCAGAAUUGAAGUUUUGACCAUCAGUUGUGAGCCUCCAAAUCUGUUGGUGCCACAUUUAGUGUAUGAAUGUCCAGAUUCAUAUAGACUUGGGGCGUCUUGUUCUCUCCGUUGUAAAUCUGGAUAUCCUCUAGGUGGAGCAAAUCAAAUUCAUUGUCAAGUUAAAAAACAAGUUUUAAUCCACCAGAGAGGUUAUAAUUUAAUCAUUAAUAUGUAUCACUAUUAUCAUUUUGUAGAGACAAAUUGUUCAAGAGCAGCUCUUGGUGAGCCUUUAAACGGUGCUCUUGCUUGCAGUGAAUGGACACAUGGUCAAAUGUGUCAAAUGCAAUGUGAAUCUGGCUAUGAUAUUCCUUACAUUGGGCUUGGAUUUUUUGUAUGUGGACGAUCUGAUGGUAAAUGGAGACCAACAAAUAAUGUGCCUGACUGUGAUGUGAAAAUGGUCGUCACACAUAUACAUCUACCUGGCAAGUUUUACUAUUAUACCGGACACUGUAACAGUUCCGCUGAAAACAUGAGACAAAUUAAAGUAAACUUUGUACAAGCUUUAAACACAUCAAUGUUUUCCGAAGCCUGUCGUGGCGUGCCUGGAUGUCGAGCAGAGAAUGUGAAUGUCACGUGCGGUCCUAUUUCCGGACGCCACAGACGCGAUGUUAGUACAAACAUGUUUUUCACUAGCAUAUGA